UGUCGACGUGGGAAGGGAGGCACUCGGACACAAACAAACGUCCAUGGGUUUGAUGUUGUGCUACGUUACAGCUAACUGUGACAUGUCAGGUGGAUUUGAUUGCUAACUCCAUGACAUUUCAAACAUGUGGCUCAAACCGGACGAGAAUUUGCUGAAAAACGCGUUCAAAUUAUGGGUCACCGAGGAGGAUAACGAGUACUUCGUACUGCAAAGGAGACGGGGCUACGGAGAAGGUGGAGGCGGGCUGACAGGCCUUCUUGUGGGAACUCUGGACACUGUGUUGGACUCCACAUCCAAAGUUGCCCCCUACCGUAUUCUACACCACACACCAGACUCACAAGUGUAUUGGUCAAUAGCAUGCGGUGUCACCAAAGAGGAGAUCACUGAGCAUUGGGAAUGGCUGCAGCAGAACAUCAUGAGGACGCUCUCUGUGUUUGACUCCAGCGAAGACAUCACCAGCUUUGUACAGGGCAAGAUAAGAGGUCUUAUCGCUGAAGAAGGGAAGGCCUCCCUGGUGCUGGAAGAAGAUCCAGAGAAGUUCCGAGAAGCACUUUUUAAGUUUGAGAAGUGGUUUGAGCUGCCACCGCAGGAGAAGCUGGUCACAUAUUACUCAUGCAGCUACUGGAGAGGCAAAGUGCCGUGCCAGGGCUGGCUCUACCUCAGCACCAACUUCCUCUGCUUCUAUUCAUACCUGCUGGGAUCUGAGGUGAAACUGAUCAUCUCCUGGGACGAGAUCUGGAGGCUGGAGAAAACCACCAAUGUUAUCCUGACUGAGAGCAUCCAUGUCCAGGCCCAUGGGGACAAUCACUACUUCUCCAUGCUGCUGCACCUCAAUGAAACCUUUGUUAUCAUGGAACAGCUGGCCAACUACUCCAUUAAGCGCCUUUUCGAUAAAGAGGACUUCCAGAGGGAGCCGGCGCUCUCCGACCCCCUGACGAUUACCAAGAGAGGCCUAGAAGCUCAUGCAAAGAGUGAGCAGUUCCGGACAUUCUUCAGGCUUCCCAAAGAGGAAAACCUGUUAGAGGUGCACGAGAGCUUCCUCUGGGUGCCCUUCAGCCAUUUUAACACACUUGGCAAGAUCUGUCUGUCUGAGAACUAUCUGUGUUUUGCCAGCCAAGACGGGAGCCAAUGCCACACCAUCAUUCCAAUGAGAGAGGUCAUUAAUGUUGAGAAGUCAGACCCCAGCAGCAGGGCUUUAACGGUGUGUAUGCGUGGAAAGAGGGCACUGCGAUUUUCUGAGGUGCGGGACUACCAGCGCCUGGCAAACUCGCUCCGAAGCAAGUGUGGGAUCAGUGCCAGCCCCCAGCACUCUGCAUCAUCAGAGGUCAUACGAGGCGAGUGCCAGUCGCUCAUCAAUCACUUCGAUGACAACCCGGAGGAUGUCACACUGAUGGUGGGACAGAAAGACAGCAGCAAGGCUGUAAGCACUGAGGCGCUCAUGAUGGUUUUCCACCCCCAGGAUGUUGAAAACCUCGACCCCAAAAUGCUUAAAGAAAAGAUGAAGGAACAGUCUUGGAACAUCCACUUCUCUGAAUACGGACGCGGCACGAGUAUGUUCUUCACCAGGAAGACACGAGAUCUGAUCGUCCGAGGUGUUCCUGAGGCCUUGAGAGGAGAGCUGUGGAUGCUUUUUUCAGGAGCUGUGAACGACAUGGCCACUCACCCCGGGUAUUACACUGAUCUGGUGGAGCAGUCCCUGGGCACCAGCACUCUGGCUACAGACGAGAUCGAGAGAGACCUGCACCGCUCUCUGCCAGAGCACCCCGCCUUCCAGAGCGACACAGGAAUCUCUGCUCUACGCAGAGUCCUCACUGCCUAUGCUUACAGGAACCCCAAGAUUGGCUACUGUCAGGCCAUGAACAUUCUCACCUCAGUUCUCCUGCUCUAUGCGAAAGAAGAGGAGGCUUUCUGGCUCCUAGUGGCCGUCUGUGAGAGGAUGUUGCCGGAUUACUUUAAUCGGCGAAUUAUUGGUGCUCUGGUUGACCAGGCGGUGUUUGAGGACCUGAUUAGAGAAAACCUCCCCCAGCUGGUGGAGCACAUGACAGACCUAUGCUUCUUCUCGUCUGUGUCCUUGUCCUGGUUCCUCACUCUCUUCAUCAGUGUCCUGCCCAUCGAGAGCGCAGUGAACGUGGUGGACUGCUUUUUCUACGACGGCAUCAAAGCCAUUCUGCAGCUGGGCCUGGCUGUGCUGGACUACAACAUGGAGGCUCUGAUCAGCUGCCAUGACGACGCCGAGGCCGUCACCAUCCUCAACAAAUUCUUCGACAGCGUGACAAACAAAGACAGCCCGCUGCCUCCGACUGUACAGCAAGCUUCAGUGGGAAGCAACGAUAAAGCCUCCCACGUCAGUGUGGAUAUCAGUGAACUGAUACGAGAGGCUUAUGAGAAAUAUGGACAUAUCCGUUCAGAGGAAGUGGAGACUUCGCGGAAAAGAAACAAACUGCAUGUGAUCCAGACACUGGAGGACACAACCAAACAGAAUGUGAUUCGGGUAGUAACACAAGAAGUCCGAUUCGGAGCCUCACAACUUGAUGAGAUUUACAACCUGUUCAAAAGGCAACAUUUCCUGUGUUGCUACUGGAGAAUACAGAGUCCCGCUCUGCUGCAUCAUGACCCCAGCCUGGCCUAUCUGGAUCAGUACCAGCUGGGCUUCCAGCAGUUCAGCGUGCUCUUCUCGCUGCUGGAGCCCUGGGCCUUCUGCAGCCCCAAGAGCACCCUCUCCCUCUGGGUGUUCCGCCUGAUAGACGAGAACCAGGACGGCCUGGUGAACUUUAAAGAGUUCUGCUACGCCCUUGAUACUUUAUACGGUGCAUCGUUCACAAAUAAGCUGAAAUUCCUCUUCAAGCUGCACCUGCCACCAGCUUUCACAGGUAGUCCUUUGCACUUAAAGGAUCAAAGCAUCCAGCACUUAAUUCCAGUGACUGAAGACUCUUCUCACUUGAGUAGACUCGCUGCAUUUGAUCUACCUGAAGAUGGUGUGAUAAGGAAAACUCCCGAACGAGGUAGAGGAAAAGUGGACCUGCAGGCAUACUUGAAGCAAUGGCAAAAUGAAAUUCUUAAGAAGGAGGAAACCAUCAAAGACCUACCCCGGAUUAAUCAGUCUCAGUUCAUCCACUUCUCCAAGACCCUGUACAACAUCUUCCAUGGCGAUCCGGAGGAGGAGCCUCUGUACAGAGCCGUGGCCCAUGUGACCAGCCUCCUGCUGAGGAUGGAGGAGGUGGGCCGAAGGCUGCAGGAGCCCAGCAGCCCCCCCGCGUCCACCCAGCCUGCUGCUGCUGCUGCUGCUGCUGCUGCUGCUGCUGCUGCUGCGGAGCCUCCAACAGAAGAAGCUUCCAGCACUUUGGAGAGGUCGGACACCUGCAGCUCCACCAACAGUCAGGAGGCGGAGACCGAUUGGUCCUUUUCCUUCGAGCAGGUCCUGGCUUCUCUGCUCAACGAGCCCACCAUAGUGAACUUCUUCGAAAGGCCUGUCGACCUGCAAACUAAACUGGGACACGCUAGGGUUGCCCAGCUGAAGCUAAAGUGGAAUAAGUGAAAGGAAACAUAAAAUGAUUUGAUACUAUUGAUUCUAAACCAGGCGUCACCAUGAAUCUUGUUUCUCCACUUUGGAUAGGGCGAUGCAAACAGCAAUUACUCUUAAAGUGGUUUUAUAAAUGAAGAGAAGACCACAGAUUUUAAAAUCUGCUGUUCAACGUGUGUGUGGCUUGAAUAUGGCUAAUCUGCAAUCUGCGUAAACCACUGGUGUUACAGUCCACUGUAACCCACUCAGUGCAGUCCACUGACCCCCACUCAGUGCAGUCCACUGACCCCCACUCUCAGUGCAGUCCACUGACCCCCACUCUCAGUGCAGUCCACUGACCCCCACUCUCAGUGCAGUCCACUGACCACCACUCAGAGAAGUUCCAUGUCAGGCCUUGCUGCAGACUAGUCUUGUAGACUGAGGUUCCUCCAAUCUGAUUAUGCCUUUCUAACCUCCGUGAUGAAAUCCGUUCCCUUAUGUAGCCUCAGUUUCUUCGGAUUUCAUGGAAGUUUAGUCUGACAUAUUUUCCAACCCUAUAUGCCAUGGAUCACAUACUUUAUAGUUUUUUAUUGUGUAAGGGACAUAUUUAGCAAAAUGACCAGAAGAGUUCUCUCUGAUGUUGUGCUGACCUUUAACUCUAUAACAAAGGACUGACCGAGUCUCACUCUGGAUAAUAUAUUUUUCUUUAUUAAGAUAACUAUUUAAUGCAUUAGUGAAACAAACUGUAACAGUGUCCUGUGGAUUCAGUGUUCUUAGGCUACUUUAGUGUUUUUCUGUAAAUGCCAACUUAUUGUGAGAAACAAUAGCUUUCAAGUUGAAGUGGAACCGGUCUAACAGCGAGAGAGGACAGUGAUGUCCAUUGAAGAUAUCAUUUGAUUUCAGAGAUAAUCUGAAUUGAGGAGGUCAGAUGCAUUUAAUGAAGAGAAUGACAUUUUAAAUAUUGGUAUUAUAUAUUUGCAAUAAUACAAAAGAGAAUAUGCUGUACUGCCACACUCACCUCUCUCAUUCCUCCGACAGCAGCACAGUACAAUAUGAGCAGGACUGUGGUCUGCAAAGGGAAAGUAAAUUAGAAGUGCUGCUGCAGGGAAAUAUUCUGCAUCCUCUUCUAAAAAAUGUGCUGUGCGUGCUCUUCAGUGUGCGAUGGGUUGAUAUACUGUUUGCUUAUGUCCGUCCAUAUGUAGGAUGUUUCGCUCUCGUAUAAGUGCAGCGUUUUGUACUUCAGGAUCCGUUUCAAUAGUCGUGUGAUUAUUGCUAGUGGACGUUUGUGCACAUUUUCUUUGAUCAAAUCUCAGGGUGUAAUUUGUGUAAAAUAAAAAGGACAAAAGGGAUAUUUUUUCGACCUGGGAUAAAUAAAGUAUACGAGUUAAACAUAGCUUACAAAUGUCUGUAAAAUAUAACGCAUGUGUAGCAUAUUUACAGGAUUGGCCACAUUAUGCUAAUGUUCAUAGACAGCAGCUCUUUCUGCUCACUACAGCCAGAGCUGACUGACAGUAUUUCAGUUGUUUCCUUUUUUUCUGUGCAUUCUCUGCUUUUUUGUUUGGGCUUCUGUCUCUGUGAAUCAUUUGCACAGUCGAUUGAGAUUCACACAUUGAAGAUAUGCCUGUGUCUCAGCCAAAGGCUCUGAAUUGUAAAAGGUCAUGACCGCUUCAGCUGCAGCUGCUUGUCCUCUCCAGGGGCCAAAUUGACAAAUUCAUAGAGCUUUAUUUCUGCUUGUCUAGGGAAAAAGUGUUUCAGAAGCUCUUUAAGUUCAAGUGCAAUUCUCUGCGUCCCAUAGUUGUAUAAUUUUUGCAAUUAGUUUGAAACGUGUUGUGGUUAUUUUCUCACUUCGGACCAAUCUGAAAUGUAUAUCAUGGUGUAAUUAUUUGGUUAUUGAUAUAGAUAUUUGAAGUGAGUUGUUUACAUGACUAAAGGAUAAAAAGAAUAUCAAAAUACACCCUAUUCAUCUUAAAUGUUGCCACUACUUAAAUCCAAAGCUCUAUUGACUGUUUCCCAGCAGUUUCAUGCUGCAUUUGUAACAUAUCUGAAAUGAUUAUAAGAUGCAAAUAACAACCUCUCAUCAAAGACUGCGCCUUAGUCUUUCUGGUAGGCUUCUGAGCUUUGCAUUGAAGUGUAUUGCUUUAUCUAUUUCUGUUAAAUGGAUCAUAUAUUUUAAUGAUUAGAAAUCCUACAAAAACGUAAGAGUCAAUUUGUUGGUCCUAACUUUAUUUUAAAAUAUGGAACUACGGUUUUUUCUUUUUUUUAAAAUCCAAAAUAGUUUGUUCUUUCCGCUUGGUAGGGGGAAAAUGAAGGGAGAUGACUUUGAAGGAGCAGAGAAAGUCAUGGAAGAUUUCAUCCUCCUGGCAUGCUGUCAGAUUUGCCAUUAAGCAUCAGAGUGUACUCAGUAGGCAUGGAGGACGCUCCAGCUCUAUGAUUAAUCAAGUCCUUAUUUGUGCAAGUGUGGUCUACAGCUUUUCAAAUCUGUAACUUUCAAACUUUUGAAAGCUUGUCUUGCAAAAUAUGACAACAAUAUUUCUGUUUACCCGCUAAAUUAUGAUUUAUUUUUAUUAUGUCCAUUCAAAGGUAUAUCAGAAUAAAGAUUGAUUAUAAUAUGAA